AUGGAUGAUUAUGUUAAAACUACAAACUUUAUAAUAAUAAUUUUAAUAUCCAUUAUCAUCAUUAAAUGUAUAAACUACUCACAGAGAUCUCAGACUAAAAGAGAAGCAAAAGAAGAUACCCUGGUUCAAUUAGAAGUCAAGCCACGUAAAAAAGUAGAAAGUACACGUCAACUUAAAGAAAAAACAAUAAAUGAAAACAAUUCCAAACAAAGGAAAUUAGAAAAAUCAACAUAUAAAGGCAAAUUAAAGGAAACUAAAGUAUCUCAAGAGGAUGAUGAAUUGGUGAAGUUACGUGAAAGAGGUUAG